CUGCCAUCAAGUGAUUUGUCUUCGGGGAAGCGUUUGAUUCAAGAAGUGACUGCCGCUUUAACAUUUUAUUUUCAGAACUGUGCUCGCGGCACGGUUCUUUAUGAGAUAAUUUCGUACGGUUUUUAAUCGGGAAACGUUGUAUUUACGUUUAGGAAAAUGGUGGGAGUUAAGGUAAUCGGGAAUGAUUCGGAAUUCCAGCCGGAACUUACGAACGCCGGCUCAAGGCUCGCCGUAGUGAAGUUCACCAUGGCCGGGUGCCGACCCUGUGUUAGAAUAGCUCCUGCCUUCAACAUGUUGAGCAACAGAUACCCUCAGGUGGUCUUCCUCGAAGUGGAUGUGCACGUCUGUCAGGCAACAGCUGCUGCCAACAAUAUUUCGGCAACACCUACAUUUCUGUUCUUCCGAAACAAAGUGCGAGUUGAUCAGUACCAAGGAGCCGAUGCUGCUGGCCUUGAGGAAAAGAUAAAGCAGCAUGUUGAAAAUGACCCUGGAAGCAACGAGGAUUCUGAUAUCCCUAAAGGAUAUAUGGACCUUAUGCCAUUUGUGAACAAGGCUGGGUGCGAAUGCCUGAAUGAAAGUGAUGACAAUGGGUUUGAGAACUGCUUAAUCAAGGACACCUCUUACCUGGAAUCUGACUGUGAUGAGCAGCUGCUCAUUACGAUUGCCUUCAGUCAACCUGUGAAGCUGUUUUCAAUGAAACUUCAUUCAUCUGACCUGAUUCAAGCACCAAAGUGUGUGAAGAUCUUCAUUAACUUGCCACGCUCCAUGGACUUUGAUGAUGCUGAGAGAAGUGAGGCGACUCAGACACUUGAACUUUCGGAAGAGGACUUCAAGGAGGACAGCCUGAUUCCCCUCCGCUACGUCAAGUUCCAGAACGUCAACAGUGUCACUCUGUUCAUCAAGUCAAACCAAGGGGAUGAAGAAACGACAAAAGUGAAUUAUUUAACUUUCAUUGGAACCCCUGUACAAGCCACAAACAUGAAUGAUUUCAAACGGGUUGUUGGCAAAAAAGGCGAGAGUCACUGAUGAGGAAGAGAAGGCUGGACAUUACUGCAAUUCUUGGACUUUCCUCUGCCAAACAACCUGUUGAGCUCCAAUGUAACAAAGUGGACACCUCUUAUUUUGAGUUGUCAUUUUUGUGGUUGUGAAAUCACUUGGUCUAGACAACUCUUGCAAACAUUUUUAUUGUAACCCAGGAGAAACUGUAAAUAAACAGAUCCUUUUUCAAA